CCCGCCACGGCGCAGGCGCUGUGCCCUGGAGGUGAGAAAGAGACCGAGUUCCGGCUGAGUCGCUCACGGCGGGUGCGAGUGCAGGGAAGCCAUGUCCCAGCCCGGCUCCGCUUGCCAGCCGCCGCCGGACGUUGACACAGAUGACUGUCUCCAGGACUAUUCCUACCUCUUUAGCCCGGAUAUUCUCAAGGGCAAAGCUGCAUUCAUCACUGGAGGCGGCUCUGGGAUUGGAUUCCGGGUAGCGGAGGUUUUCAUGAGGCAUGGCUGCCGUACAAUCAUUGCCAGCAGGAACUUGCAGAGAGUAGCUGAGGCUGCCAAGAAGCUGGAGGCUGCUACUGGUCAGCGAUGCCUGCCUCUUUCUCUAGACGUCCGGCAGCCCCAAACCAUCCUGGCAGCGGUGGACGAGGCUGUGAAAGAGUUUGAACGAAUUGACAUCCUCGUUAACAAUGCUGCUGGUAAUUUCCUGUGCCCGGCCAGUGCUUUGUCCUUCAAUGCCUAUAAGACAGUGAUCGACAUUGACACCCUUGGCACCUUCAAUGUCUCCAAAGUGCUCUAUGAGAAAUGCUUGCGGGACCAUGGCGGGGUUAUAGUUAACAUCACAGCGACUUUGAGCUACAGAGGACAGGCUCUCCAGGUGCAUGCUGGGACAGCUAAGGCGGCUGUAGAUGCAAUGACCAGGCACCUGGCAGUGGAGUGGGGGCCCAACAACAUCCGUGUCAACAGUCUGGCACCAGGCCCCAUUGCGGGCACCGAGGGAUACCGGCGACUCGGUGGUGCUCGUGCAGAAGCGGACAGCUACUUUGAUACAGUGCCCCUCCAUAGGGCAGGGAAUAAGACGGAGAUUGCCCACAGUGUGCUGUACUUGGCGAGCCCCUUGGCAUCCUAUGUGACUGGCACAACCCUGGUGGUGGAUGGGGGAAGCUGGCUGACCUCCCCUAACAACUUCCCUGCGCUGUUGGGUAUUGCAUCACACUCUGCUAAGCUCUAGAUCAUUGGGCCAUGGAAGUGAAGAAAGACAAAUGAUGGACGACCAGGGACUGACAGGACGCUGAGCAAACACUACGGCUUUGGACAUCCCUAUGACACAGGGUCAGGGAACAGCUAUGACCUCUGGCCAUCAGCCGUUGGGAUGACCUUGCUGGGGCAAAAGUGAAAAUGGCAAAGUUGAAGAUUCAAUGUUCGUGUCUCACCAGUGCAUCAUUGUACUUCAGCUGCUGGAGGAAGCAAGAGGUUCUGGCACUUGGGGAAAUGUGCAGCAGGCAGUUUGGGCUCCAGGAUAAGCACCCAAGCCAAAUGAUCAAAAGAGUGGUAGUGAAAUAGUGAAUGUGGACAAUGGGAUCUUAAUAGUGUAUAUUUCACACACACCACUGAAAUGGAUGGGGCAGUUCACACCUCUCAGCCUGUGGUUUCAGGCUGCCUGCACACUCAGGUAGACAACACAUCAGUUAUGCUCAAUUCACAUUUGAAAGACAAGUUCUUAUGGUUGCAAAGAAAAAGAAGCUUUGCUGUUUAUUUGAGCUUUGCUGCUGGAUCCAGGAUUCUGCUUUGGGCAAUGGGGCCCUGACUGUGGCAAUUAGGGUAUAUCUACACUUGAAACACUACAGCGGUACAGCUGAAGUGGUUCCAUGUGGACAACAGCGACGGGAGGGGUUCUCCCAUCAACUGAUGGAAUCCACCUCCCGUGAGGCAGGAGCUAAGGCAACAGGAGAACUCUGCCGUUGUUAUAGCGUCGUCCACACCAGGCUUAGGUUGGCUUAACUGUGUCACUCAGGGGUGUGGAUUUUUCACACCCCCUGAGAAACAUGGCUAUCCCGAUAUAGGUUUUCAGUGUAGACUGGUCCUGCUGCCAUCCUGUGGGUUAGGUCUGGAUUAUCAGCCCCAUUUCACAUGUGAGGCUAUGAGGCAGAGAGAGAGGGAAAGCAACUUGCCCAAGGUCACUCAAGGCGUGAGGGUCAGAUCCAGCAUUAGGACUCCCUGAGCAGUUCCUGAUUCCUAGCCCUGUAUUUAAACAGCUAGAACACAUGGGACACAUCUGGCUCAGGAUAAAGAGGUUAUAACAAUGGGAGGUAACUAGCCAGCCAGCAGCUUGUCCUUGCUCGGACUUACUUGGUAGCAGCAGGUUUAGAAUUCUAGUUUUGGUUCAGCACCCAGAGAGAAGGGAAGCACCUUGAAGGAGAGGCCCAUGAGGGUGGUUUCUUUGCCUGCCUGUAGUGGGUCUUUGGAAGGAUCCCUAAUGCCUGUAAUACCUCAGCCCUUCGCGUGGCUGAUCUAGCAAUGGGUUGUAUCCCACAGAAUAUUCUAGCUUUUUCAGAUCUAAAACUGACUAUUUCUUUUCUGGUUGCCCCAAAUCUUCCCUAAUGUUCAAAAUCAGAGAGGGAGAUUUGAAACAAGCGUAUCCUGCAUCUGACCCAGUCUCCACUAGCUCCGAGAUUUUCCCAAAAGUCUCCUAGGCCCAGAUCCACAAAGCUAGUUAGGCUCCGAACUUCUACAGAAAGCAACAGAAGUUAGGAGCCUAAAUACCUUCAUGGUCCUAAGCCCUGAUCACUCUGUGCCUCAGUUUCUCUAUCUGUAAAGCGGGGAAUGAUGGUAGUAGGCUACCUCUCCAGUGUACUGCGAGGAUUAACUCCUGCCUAUAAAAUGCUUUAAAGAAGAAAUCGUUAUCUAAGGGCAUGGCUACACUUGCAGAUGUAGAGCGCUUUGAGUUAAACCAGCCUUCGUAGAGCGCAGUAGGGAAAGCGCUGCAGUCUGUCUACACUGACCGCUUCAAGCGCACUGGUGUGGCCACAUUUGUGGCACUUGCAGUGGCAUUGGGAGCGGUGCAUUAUGGGCAGCUAUCCCAGCAUGCAAGUGGCUGCAGCGUGCUUUUCAAAUGGUGGGGGGUGGAGUGUGACAAGGAGUGUGUUGUGUGUAUGUGGGGGGAGAGAGUGGGUUUUUGGGGGGCUGAGAGCAUGUCAGCAUGGUGUCUUGUAAGUUCAGACAGCAGCAAACCCCCCUCUCCGCCCCCCCACCUCUCUCUCUCCCACACAGCAUUCCACACUAAUGGUUGCUUUGUCUCGGAGCAGAUAAGCAGCCGGCUGUCAGAAAUGGAGCUUUCAAAGGGCAUUUCCACAUUCCUGCAGCGAUUCAGAAACAAUGACAAGAGCGGCCACUUGACUUCAGGGGGUUAUGGGAUGUUUGCGGAGGCUGAUCAGAGCGCAGUAAAGCAACACCUUGGUCACGCUGGCGCUGCAGGCGCAGCAAACAUUAUUCCACUCGCCGAGGUGGAAUACCAGCAACGCUGUAGCCGUGGAGUCAGAGCACUCUACGUGCUUUGCCAGUGUGGACGGGUAGUGAGCUAGUGCGCCUGGGGCUCUUUUAUUGCGCUGUGACUCGCCAGUGUAGCCAAGCCCUGAGGUAUCCUAGGUUUGUGUCCAGCAAGCGUUGCUUCUGAGUCCCAGCCUCUCAAGCUGUAGCCCAGUACCUCAGACCUUUGCAUAUCUGUGCAGCCCUCAGUGGUAGGAAAUGAGGUGCAAUUCGCCACAGCCAGAGUCAGUGCAGCACUGUCAGUGCUAGCUGGUCGCUUUAGUCUGGCUGCAGUUCGCGGGGCCGGGAGGCAAUGCAGUCAGGCCAGCAUGUGGAGCAGCUCAGAACUGGACGAGAGCCGAGGCAGAGCCUUUAUUGCUGCUGACCGAUUGAUGUGUUUGAAAACCCACCCCUGCCUCUUGUGAUUCUGCUGAGCACAAACUACCUUCUGCCACGGAGCAACUGGAAUGCCAGUCUACCAAAUGCCAGAGGUAUUGCUUCACCAGUGCUAAAUUUCUCAAAUAUACUCCUGUAGUCCUUGAGGGCGGAGGAUUCCCGCGGUGCACUGGCCCGGUCCUUCUAGUUAAGGAACCGAACAGAGGAAGAAAAUUCUCUCCCUGACAGUGGUGCAGAUUUGAUCGGAUACCACUCAUCAUUGCACCAUAGGCAGCAGCCCCUGAAUCAGUCUGUGAACCCAGAGAGAACCACAGGGUCUCUGUCCAGCAGCCUCUGUAAAGAAUCCUAUUUACGUCCAUUACAACAGAGUCCUGUCUCUUCUGUGUUGCUACAGACAGUACAAUCAUUAGGUAAAUCCAGGGCUGGAUUUCGGUGCCCAGCAGGAAUAGAUCCUUUCUAAAUUGACAAAUCAGCUGAUCUUCCACUGCCCAGUGCAUGCUAGCACUGCACCAUAGAAUAAACUAAAUGCCACGCAGAAGGGGUGUGAGUGACUCCUAGAAAGGAUUUAGCACAGGGGUGAACAAACUUUUUGACCUGAGGGCCACAUCUGGGAAUAGAAAUUGUAUGGCAGGCCAUGAAUGCUCACAAAAUUGGGGUUGGGGUGUGGGAGGGGGUGAGGGCUCUGGGGUGGAGCUGGGGGUGAGGUGUUUGGGGUGCAGGAGGGUGCGCCAGGCUAGGAUCAAGGGGUUCAGAUGGCAAUAGGGGGAUCAGGGCUGGGGCAGGGGGUUGGAGUGUGGGAAGGGGUGCAGGUUCUGGAUGGGGGAGCAGGCUCUGGGGAUGCGAGGUUUGGGGUGCAAGAGGGUGCUCUGGGCUGGGAUCAAGGGGUUCAGAGGGUGAGAGGGGGAUAAGGGUUGGGGCAGGUGUUUGGGGUGCAAGGAGAGGCUCAGGGAUGCAGGCUCCAGGCAGGACUUACCUCAAGCGGCUCCUGGAAGCAGCCGCAGCAGCAUGUUCCUUCUCCACCUCCUAUGCAGAGGCACAGCCAGGCGGCUCUGCACGCUGCCCCGUCUGUAGGCACCGCCCCUGCAGCUCCCAUUGGCUGUGGUUCCCGGCCAAUGGGAGCUGCAGGGGUGGCACUUGGUGUGAGGGCAGCGUGCAGAGCGGAGGCCCAUGCCUGCUCCUAUGCACGCUGCCCUCACACCAAGUGCCACCCCUGCAGCUCCCAUGGGGAGGGGCCAUGCUGCUGCUUCCAGGAGCCACAUGGCAUGGUCCCCAACCCUGCUCCCCAGCUGGAGUGCCAGAGCGGGGCAAGCCCCAGACCCCACUCCCCAGCGGGAGCUUGAGGGCCGGAUUAAAACAGCUGGUGGGCUGGAUCCGGCCCACCCACCAUAGUUUGCCCACCUCUGAUUUAGCAGGUUCAUGCCACCCUCUCGGUGCUAGAAAUAACUUAAUCUGUUUCUAAUUUUGUAAAAGCUUGUUUGAGAAGAUUCUGUUUCUUAUUUGAUUGUGGUUUUGCUGACUGAUCCUUCCUCCAAGUUAACACUAAAGAAUGAACCCCAUCUGAGCGAUCAUAUAUUUACCCACCAGUGUUUUAUUCCGCUGACUAACCUCUGCCUCGAAUCAUUGUGGGUUUGAAAAGACACGGUAAAUCUUCAUUUCCUCUCACGUUCUUAAUAGAGCUUAGAACAGUAGCAAUUGAAAAUUUAAAAGAUCCAUGGAGCUCUUGGAUUGGAGCAGGUGACAAGCUUUGUAUGUGGACCCAAGGCUGUUGAGCCAACCAGUUUGCUGCAUGAAAGGCUAAUGAAAAUGAGACCAAACUCCUUAGCCAAGUGGUAUUCUUCCUGCAUCACAAAGGAUGGAGAUUUCCUGCCUUCUUCACAAUAGCAGCGUGAUCCAAAGCCUGGUGAAGCCAGUGGGCUUUGGAUCAGGUUGUUAGAGAGGGUAAUUGUAAAACUAGAAGUGUUGCUUAAGCACCUAUGAAAUGCCAUGUAGGGUUUAUAGUCACUAGGUGGGAGCUCUGCAGUGAGUACAUACACCCAUAACAGUGACUCAGUAAACCCAAAGGUGUCCUAUCUGUUAUAUAUUAGCUACAAGAGGUCAUGUUACAAAUACUUUCUCCCCCCACCAUUGCCACACCUCAAUAAAUAGGGAUUGCAUAGGGGAGUUCCACAAGGCAUUGGGGCAUUACCUAGCCCAUUGGCUUAAGUAGUCUCAGCAAUUGCUGCAUGCCUCACUCUGCUACUGUCUCUGGCCAGGGGAUCUCUAGCUGUAGAUGCCUUGGCAAAGCUCCCAUUUGUGAGGAGCUCUGUCCUGUGCAGAAGGUGUUGCUGAGUCCAGACCAUCCUGCUGCCCUUACUUGGGUCUGAGCUCUGACCCUUAGAGAGUCACCAGCAUGCUGCCUUGGUACAGUGCUAUCCUGCACCAGAUCUAUAACUACCAUUCACUGCAGUUAAGCAAAAUGCUGUCACGUAUCGGGCAAUGCCUGACUACAAAGGUUCACCUGGAAGAAUCCAGAGGCCUGCAGGGCAGAUGUGAGAAUCUUAGCACACAACAAUGGGGGUGGGGGGAGAGGAAUUAAACCAACCACUUCCUGCAGUAACAUAUAAACGGCAGCAAGGUAAACUACCCAGGAGAACAGGUCUGAGGGAAGCCCCCAUGCACAUGAGUAUGCACACAAAUUACACAUGAAAUAUUUGAAAAAUGCAGACAAUUGUCCCAGUUUGCAAUAAGACACACCUCUCCGAGCAGGUCUGUAGCAGCAGCAGGAUUUAGUAUUCUACAAACACCAUCAGUGAGGAAUACAACUAGGGAAUAAGUCUCUAAACAUCAGUUGUCAAUGGGAACAAGCGAACCAAACGCCAUAGAACAGGCCUUUGCUAAUCUCCAAUUUGAGUACAGACUCUUUUCCAGAGCGCAGCAGGGAGCUACUGGAUCAUUAAGAUGGUCAAUGUCACUCACAGGAUGUUUGCCAGGAGCUCUGGGCUCAUUCCUGCUCCUGUUUCAGUCAAUAGGAAUUUUGCUGUUGACUUCAGUGGGAGUAUUAAAGAGUUACAGCUCUACUGCACUUGUCAGAUCUACACACACUCUUACUCUCCUUGACUCUUAAGUGGGUUCUUUGCUCAUUAAGUCAUGGGAUUGACCCCUCUGCGCUGGAGUUCCCAGUCUUGGUUAGCAAGGCCAUGCCAUUUUCAGCACUCUUGUGGCAGAGACUGGAUAGGGGUGCUAGGCAAGGGGAGUGGAAGUUUGGCAGCGUAAGUAUUGUGGUAUGAUGUGUGUCAGUAAAUGGAGCACUUGUCCUGCCCCAGCAUGAAUGAGGGUCUUGUCUGGGCCCACUCUGAGCGCUACACCUGCUUUUAGGGAUGUAAGUGUCUAUAGUGCCAGAUUUGUUGGCUCUGCUGUGUGGCAAGAGGCUGACGCUCAGGCUUUAUUUGUUGAUAAUGCUCCUGCACUCUGGCUUCUGACCUGUAGAUGCAUUUCAGCUCUCAUCCAGCUUAGCUCCCAGAAGCAGCUCCAUUGUCCAAUGCCAGGGUGAGGAAACUUAAGCAGAGCUGCCCUUCUUUCUGGUGCUAGUUAGUGGUGCCUUUCUAAAUUUCAAUUAAUUUUGAAAACCAUCUCCAAGUGAGCUUGAAAUGGUUUGUCAAAAUUGAUUUCUCCAGGGAGCUAAACAAGUAAUGACAUGAAAUCCAUUCCUUGGUGGAAGAUGCUGUGAUGCACCAUCAGCUGCUUCUUCACUGCAUGUUCGAUAAGAUUGCCUCAUGCGGGGGCAGCUCUAAAUUUUAACCAGUGCUAUUUGCACAUGGCAUAGGGAGCUGUGAGUGAUGAUUGGAAGAAAGAAGUGAUGUGCUGCUGAAAGGCCAGCUCUUCAGAGGUCUUGGGAUCAGUGUGUAUGGGGUGGGGAGAGAUGGGGUUGUCUCCUUGAGAUCCAUGGCUGCUGUGUUUCUGGAUUAGCUUUCAUGGCACACAGAGAGGGAGGGGCAGGGUCCCAUUCCCCAAACGAUUUAAAUCCACUUUGCUCUCAUUGCUAAGUUUACUUAACUGUUCUGGAUUGUUUUGUUAAUGUCCCAGCUGAGGACUCUCCCCUUCAGGCAAAGCCCUUUGUUCCAGAGCUCCUACUGGCCAAAGAAAUUCAUAGAGUGUAAAUCCAGAAUUAGAUCACCUACUCUGACCUCCUGUAAAUCACAGGCCAUUAAAUUUCACCCAGUUUCCCCUGCACUGAGCCCAAUAACUUGUGUUUGAGUAAAGCACAUCUUCCAGAAUGGCAUGCAGUCUUGAUUUGAAUACACCAAGAGAUGGAGAAUUCACCACUUCCUUUGGGAGUUUGGUCCAGUGUUUAACCACCCUCACCUAAAAAUGUGUGCCUUAUUUCCAAUUUGAAUUUGUCAGCCCUCUGCUUCUAGCCAUUGGUUCUUGUUAUGUCUUUCUUUGCUAGAUUAAAGAGCUUGUUAAUACUCGG